UCAGGUGAGAGCAGAGUUUGCCUUUGUCUCAUACAUCUUUUGGCUUUUAUUGAUGAAACGAAAGUGAGUAUACUUUUAAUUCAGAUGCAUUUUUGAAAUUGUGCAUUUGUUGAUCUGCACUAUUGCUAGAAUAAUUUUUAUAAUCCAUUUUAUAUUCUGACUAUUCUCGAAGAAUCAGGGAGUUGAUCAUGAGUUUUUGUUUGUAGUUGAUGAUGUUUUAAACUUAUCCUUGAUAAUUAUUAAUAUUGUAUCACCCCGAUUUAUUUUAAAAUGAUGGACAGGCAUUCUACUAAAGAAGGGUCUCCAUAGAUUGUGGAGAUAUCAACACAUACAAAUGAUAUAUAUAUAAUUAUUAUAAAUAUGUUGUAAAUUGUAAUGUCAAAUGAUGUGUCCUCCAGAUCUGCUCCAAACUAACUGGCAACAGUUCAAAUCUAAACGUAGAUGCUCCCACUUAACAUGUUUGGACACAUAUCUGCGUCAUGUCUCAUAAUCAGUUGUACUUACAAGUAGGAUGUUGAUAUAUUUUGUUCCCUUGGAUCAGAUGCAAACUUGAGCAACUAUUAAAAUCCUAAAUAACUGUUCUCUCAGUAGUUCACAGAGAUGUUACAAAUGUUUCAAAGUCUGUGUUUACUCACUUUUCUUGUUGAUUUCUGCUGCUGGAUGCAUUAGAAUUGGCAAGAUUCCUAUGGCAGAAUGAAUUGCACAAGGGAAGCCGGCGGCCUCGGCAAGAAGCGUGUGGUGUUUGCAGACGCCAAAGGACUGGCCCUCACUGCGGUGCAUCUAUUUUUUGCUGAUACCUCCUCCUUAACUGAGACACAUCUAAUAGAAUCUUGCCCAAAUAAACUGCCCGACUCAAAAAAGACACAGAACCACAAGUAUCGUCUGGGCUUUCCUCAGCCGACUCUAGACUCCAAAGCGUUCCUCGCACGCCUACGAGAGACAAAUGUACAGUUGGAAAGCUGCAACAUUUCUGAAUGCUCCCUUAGAGGCAAAGUGCUCAUCUGCCAUGGGAGCACUGACAAGGCCGUGCACUUAAGGCUCACCUUUGACUCCUGGCAGCACUAUUACGACAUCCCAUGCGUGUUUUUGCAACAGCAGCGGUGCGGGGGUUCUGACAUGGAUGUUUUUACCUUCGACUUGAGUUUACCUCAGGACAUAAAGCCAACGGAGGGAAUAGAGUUUUGCGUGUCUUUCAGGCCUGGAUGCGGCACAUCGAUGCACUGGGACAACAACAGAGGGAAGAAUUACAAGGUGCACAUGGACAAAGGUGCUGGACAGUCCUACCCUUCUCUUCUCAAGCACUGACCACCAUCUUGGACUUCUUAUGUGGCCCUCAGUAUACAGAAACAUGCGGAGUUAAGCUUCUUCAAAGAAAGUUCACGUAUUGAGUCUGAGCGGAAUGGAAACCCCUUUGUUCAGAUAAAUAGACCAGUUGACAGUAGUCCAGUCAAAAGAGCUACGAGGACAUAUAAAUAAUGGAAAUAAUGAAUAUGCAUGGUGAAAUGGCCACUGCUGGAUGGAUGUUGUAGAGUGCCAUAGCUCAGCUACCCUGCUGAAAUGUGAAUAUUUAAACGUUGAAUUUACAAUUAAGCUCUUGUCACCCGAACAUCUUUAGCACACUUUUCAAAAAUGACAAUUUGAACUAGAGGGUUUAAAGUGUUCAUUUUGGGUUUUUUUCUUUGGGGGGCUUCUUCCCUCAGAACAGAGCAGCUCUCCUUCUGAAAAGGGAAUAAAUCAUGUAAGGUUAUAAAUAAAACAUUUUCUUCUCUU